UGUGUUUGUGUCUCGUUGACUUGACAGUGGUACAGUGAGCUUGUGUGACCUGCUGCGUCCUCCAGCGACACCUCAGACAGCCACAGCGAGUCACCUUAGCACAGGAGCGUCAAAACCAUGGUGUUUGAAGAGAAGAUGAUCAUGAACGGAGAGCCGGACGAGGAGGAAGAGGAGGAAGAAGAGGAAGACAUGGUGGAUCCCCUGGAGACAGUGCGACAGAAAUGUGAAGAGACAGAGCACUGCGUUCACACUCGGGAGCGGCUUGAACAGUGUGAGACCAGAGUUGGCUCUCGGUCUGCGACUGAGGAAGACUGCACUGAGGAACUCUUCGACUUCCUCCAUGCUCGGGACCACUGUGUGGCGCACAAACUUUUCCAUUCUGUCAAAUGAAGUCCCGCCACAUCGCUGCUGCACUGACCGAUAGCGUUCUUCAAACACUGAGAUAUGAGAACAUUGUUUUCAAAAGGUCCACCUGUAUGUUGUAACUUAAAGUGUAUGUGCUCAUGUGAACAAAGUGUAAAUUAAGCAUUGAAACAAGGUUGUUGGUGUCAGAAUUUCAAUAAAUUGGACAAGCUGAAAACUACUCUG